GAAUGAGGAAGUUUCAGCUGGUCUUACACGCAUCAUGUGAUUGUCUUCAGUAGUCUGAAUCACAGCUGAUUUAACAUUUGGCACCGACAGUAGGAGGCCGAGGGCCGAAAGCAAGGGAUGACUUUCCCGACGAGGCACACCGUUUAGGAACCACACCGGGGUUCCCCCGAGUUAUUUCUCCGCGGCGCUCAGGCAGAGGCCGCCCGGCUUCCCGGGAGAGGCGGCGAGCCGCACGGAGCAUGGCCGGGGAGCCCUGAGCCUCCCUCCAAGUGUCACUCCCCCACAGAGGCUCUCCCGCCGCGCCGAGCCCUGCGUGCUCUUCCACUUCCUGCUGCAGAGCCAGUUCUGCCGCUCACCUGGGAGAGGCAGGCAGGCAGGGAGGGUGUCGUAAAAGGAGGGAAAGCCGCCCGGCCGGCUGAGGAAGGAGCCCCGGGCGCGGCGGGGAGCGCGGGAGGCGCGCAGCCCUCUCGCUCUCCCGGGGCAGCCCAGCGCGAAGCUCCCUCGCCCGCAAGUUUGCUGAAAAAUCCUGGCCUUGCAGUAAGGCAGCUGACUCACUUCCGGUUCAACAAAAAACUUUGGAAAUGGCCUCUGUGUCAGGCACUUUUGUGGGUCGAAGCAUACCAGUCGAAGUGGAUGAAUCCCUGCCGUUGUCCCAGUUACCUGAACAUGUCUUGGAAAAGGCUUUGCAGCCUUCUGGAGAGGAUAUGGAGGAUGAGGAGGCCCAGAGCUCACGUGUUGCUCGAGCACCUCAGGGCAAUCCCUCUAGCCUUUGCAGAGCACCAGCACAUCAUCAUUCAGCACUGUCCGUGGAGCCAGACAGCAGCUUGUGGUCAAAAUAUACUGAUCCUGAUGGAGGUGGACACUCCUGUCCCCCUGGUGAAUCAAUAUCAGGAGUAUUUCCCUCGAAGACACAUUCUAUAGCUAUGGACAAGCCAGGCAUGCAGCCAAGAUCGCAGCUUUCAGCUGACACCAGGCACAAGUCCAGUAAACCAGAGCAGAUCUUGUCUGAUGUUCCUGAGGACUCACUGGAGGAGAGCAGCCAAGGGAGUUCACAGCCACAGCAACCCUCAGGAAACAGACUCCUGGCAGAGCUGGGGACUGUAGAUACUGGGUACAACUCCCAGUCCCAAGACGUCAUGGGCAUCAGGCACCUGGAGCCCCCGUUACCGCUGGUGUCUGUGCUGAACCCCCAGGACCUCCCAGGACCACUGAUCUCCAGGGAGUUUUUGGGCCCUGAGCACCAGCAGUGCCCUGUGUGCCACCACUUGCCCCAUCCCAACACGCCCUCGCAGGCCCUCGGCUGCCCCAGGCACGGCUGCCCGGCACAGCAGCCCCCGCCAGGCCCAUAUGGCAGAGCUCCUUACCAACAUUUUGCUGAGCCAUCGCAACCACUUCCUCCUGUUCCUGGACCUUGCAUGCGAGUUAUCCGCCCGGCCCAGCAAGUCAUCCCCAAUUACUCAAACCUCCGUGCUCCCAAAGGCACUGGAGAGCGACCACCCCAGAGGACGUGCUCCUCCCCUGGUCCUCCUCCAUUCCCAAACCAGCUAUACAACCAGCCACCCAAUGGUCAGCUGCCCCCCAAGGCCUGUGGACCAGAUGAAGCAUGUGGUUGUCCUUCUGACAAUUUUCCAUCUCCAGCUGCUGUCCCAAGACCUCUCAGCAACCCUGCAGCCAGGGGAACUCUGAGAACCAGCAAUUUGCCGGAGGAGUUGCGCAAGGUUUUUAUAACCUACUCAGUGGAUACGGCAGUGGAGGUUAUGAAAUUUGUGAACUUCCUGUCUGUAAAUGGAUUUCAAACUGCUAUUGAUAUCUUUGAGGACACGGUACGAGGUAUUGACAUCAUUAAGUGGAUGGAGCGCUACCUAGGUGAUAAGACCGUGAUGAUAAUCAUAGCAAUCAGUCCAAAAUACAAACAGGAUGUGGAAGGGGCUGAAUCCCAGCUGGACAGGGAUGAACACGGCUUACAUACUAAAUACAUCCACAGGAUGAUGCAGAUUGAAUUUAUACAGCAAGGAAGUAUGAACUUCAGAUUCAUCCCUGUGCUUUUCCCAAAUGCUAAAAAGGAGCACGUGCCUACCUGGCUGCAGAACACUCACAUUUAUAGCUGGCCAAAGAAUAAGAAGAACAUCCUGUUGCGGCUGCUGCGGGAGGAGGAAUACGUUGCCCCUCCAAUAGGACCUUUACCAACACUCCAGGUUGUGCCGCUAUGAACAUUUUAACUUCAAGCACACCACGAGUGGUUGUUAAAGGCUUGUUCCUGGCAGGGAGCCAACACUCUUCCAGAUGGCUCUUUUUGAUGACAGAAGACACUCUUUCUGCUAAAGGAAUUGGUUGUCUUGGGUUACUCAGGCUCAGCUUGUUCUCUACCAUGUUAACAUCUAUUUCCAAAGCUGAUGGGGCAGAACUCUCUUCUCUAGAUUUUUUAAUAAGCUACAAAUGGAAAGAAUGUUUUAUUUUAACAUCUGGUUUUAACAUAUUCCUUUUAUUAGUCAUUAUAGCAAACAAAUACCAGAAAUAAUGUUGCAAUAAGUGUAAAAUAAAAAUUACAUCCUCCUUUUUGCUCAGGGUUUCUUUAAAGAUAUUCCUGCUCUGUAUAGCAAUAUUGAACCAUCAAUUUGUAUAUACACUAUUAAAUAUAUUUGCCUUUUGUAAGGCAAUCUUA